UAACACAGUAUCACUCAGCAGGGCGUUUGUGUCUACCAUUCAGCUUAUCAUGACUCAGCUGAGCUUUGCGAGGGCAUAGCAAAUACACAACUCCCUAAAAGUUCUCGUAAAGUAAUAUAAAACCAGAUUUUUCUUUAUUUUUAUCUUUAAAAAAAGCAAUAUUUUGGAAGCCAUUGGAGCAAGUGGAUAUGUUGACCUUCGUCUUUGUGUGCCUCUCUAUUUCAGUCACAGGACUGCAUGCUUUUAUUGUUACUGUUGCUAAUCCCUCAGUACAAGUGAAAGAGAAUGAGGGAGUUGACUUGAAAUGUUCCUACACUUCUGACUUUGGGACAUCACCCAGAGUAGAAUGGAAGUUCAGGGAUCUCAAGGGCUCUCAAACAUUGGUCUACUAUGAUAAACAGCCAACAGGGAACUAUGCAGGCCGUAUCACACUGUAUAAUGGAGGACUGCGAUUUAACAAGGUGACACGAGCAGACAACGGAAACUAUGAUUGUGAGGUGUCUGGAAAUACUGGAUAUGACGAGAAGACCAUCAAACUCACAGUCCUUGUGCCUCCUUCCAAGCCUGUAUCCAGAAUUCCUUCAUCCGUCAGGACAGGCAGUAACGUUCGCCUGACCUGCUUCGACACAGAUGGCUCCCCUCCAUCCAGCUAUAAGUGGUACAAAGAAAACAUUCUCCUCCCCGAGGAUCCAACCAUUUCUUCCAAUUUUAAGAACCUCACUUACAAGAUUGACGUUAAGAAUGGUAACCUGGAGUUUGUGAGUGUGUCUAAGUUGGAUACCGGUUCAUAUUUCUGUGAGGCCAGUAAUGGAGAAGGCGCCCCUCAGCGUGGAGAUGCAAUGCGCAUGGAAGUCUAUGAUCUAAAUGUCGGUGGCAUUGUUGCGGCAGUUAUUCUUGCUUUGCUGGCAGUUGGAUUGCUCCUCUUUGGUCUUUGGUUUGCCAGAAAAAAGGGAUAUCUGCCAAGUAAGUUCUCACUGCAUAACCAAAACAAAAAGCGGUUUAUACACAGCCCAGAACAGAGGAUAUGUAUGAUGGUGAUGUAAGUCUUGAUGUAAUAUCUUGCUUAGUUUUGUAAAUUAUAUUAAUCAGGAUUUUUCUUUUCAAUAGUUGAUUUUGAAUGUCCUUUUCUAAUUGUGCCCUUUCUACCAACUGAGUAGUGGCAUUGCUAAAAUAAUUAUAUUUACUCUGUUUUAUGUGUCUGUUUCAGGAGGAAUACAGACAGAAAUCAUCUUUUAUUGUGUAGUCUGUGCUACUCUGCAUGAAACGUGGAGAUUCAGUGCCUAGAUCAAGUUUAUACAAAUCAGGAUCGGUGUAUAUGUGACGGGAAAUGCCUUCCUACUCUGCUUUCCAUGCUGGUUGACCAUAGAAAUAUUCAAAAGCAGCAAUUGUAAAUGUUCAGAUUUAAUUUUAGGAAUCUAGACCUGUUUGGUUUUGUAGAAAUUAAUAGAAAUGUAAUUUGUUGAAUUAUGAUUAGUCUGUUAGUGGAACACAAACCUAAAGGGUCUAAGAUCAAUUCUCUAUUUAUAUAAUUCACUUUAUUGUGUAGUUAUGUGUGGAAUAAGAUGUCCAGUGCUGUUUUUACACAAAUCUGUACUAUGAGAUGGAAACUUUUUGGGGAAGAGAAGGUACUACGAAUGUUCCCCAUUCAGGAUAUAAUGUCCCCUCUCCUUUAUAAAAACAAUUGCUGUACAUUGUAGUCAUUUGAUAUGUGGUUUGUCACUUUUUUAUGAUAGAGUACCUUGUGUGUUUUUAUGUGUUUAUAUACCUUUUAUGAAAUGUAAAUAGAUCUUUGUCUUUUUAUUAGAUUUAUUUUAAGAUUUGAAAUAGUGCUUAAUUGGCCUUUCUGAAUUAUUCAUCUGGAAGAAAAUUACAGAUUCCCUUUUGUUUGGUUUAAUUUUUAAUGUUUUACUUGAUCCCAUUCUUCUAAUAAAAUGAAAUUUACUGAAUAUGA